UUGUAAUUUCUCCUGUCUCCUUUAAGCUGUAGAAAGCAAGCCUUUCUUGAUGGUUUAACGUAAAAGCACAGCUAAGUUGCUCAGACGAUUAUUUCAAAAAUAGUGAAUGAGUUGAGCCCAGUCUAACAACCAUGUAAUGAGGGUUUUCUUCCUCUUUUUGCAUUCUAGAACCCAGGGUAUCCACCCUUAACUGCCCAGGAAGGCUCCUUCUUGGGCAAAGGUGCAAGGUCUUCCGGCGCUGCCAUGGACGAGGAAGCCGGGGAGGCGCGGGAGCUGGCCAGGUCUCUUGCGCCCAAGGACGUGCACUUUUAUCACAUGGAUCUGUAUGACUCCGAGGACAGACUGCAGAUCCUCCCAGCAGAAAACCCUGGGAUGAGAAGAGACGUAGUCCAAGCGGAGGUGAUCCACGAGCCGAGAAGAGCAGAGAAAGGUAAGACACAGCGAGACCAUGACGAGGACGCGGACGACCUUGUCCACUUGUUCGCACUUGACGGUGAUCAUGAGUUAGGGGGUGAGUGUGUGGACGAAAACAUGCCCAGAAUAGAGGUUUCAGAAUAUCCUUCGUACAUGCUGGCGAGGGGAGAAGCCGCCGCCGAGCAGAGAGACUGGAGACCCGGUGGAGACGCCGCCGGGGCUGGGGGCCCGGGCUGCGGAGGGUGGGGCUCCCCGGGCCAGUGCCGGGACUUGCGGGAAGCCUACGGCUGCGCCCGGGGCCGCGCCAGCGACGAGUACGCGUGCUACGUGAUCCCGGAGGAGGAGGACGAGGCUGCCGACGCCUUCUGCGCCACUUGCAAGACUCCGCUGAGGGCCUCGGAGGAGGGCUUCGACCAGCACCAAGGCCACGAGGUGACGCCCCUGGAUGAGGCGCUGGAGAGCGCCAAGGAUGAAAUCCACAGAAACAUGUUCAGAUUGGAAAAGCAGAUUAUCGAGAUGGAAAACUUUGCAAGUCACUUGGAAGAGGUUUUCAUCGCGGUGGAGGAGAAUUUUGGAAGACAAGAGCAAAACUUCGAGUCACAUUAUAAUGAGGUCUUGGAAACACUUGCUCAAAAAUACGAAGAAAAAAUACAAGCUCUAGGGGAGAAAAAGAGAGAAAAGCUGGAGGCCUUGUACGGACAGCUAGUCAGCUGCGGAGAAAACCUUGGUGCCUGCAAAGAGCUGAUGGAAACAGUAGAGGAGAUGUGUCACGAAGAGAAGGUUGAGUUCAUAAAGGAUGCUGUAGCUAUGGCUGAUAGACUUGGAAAAUUCCUGAAAACAAAAACAGACAUGGAGAUCUCUGCACAGCCUGACUUUGAAGACCAGACCUUGGACUUCUCUGACGUGGAGCAGCUAAUGGGCUCCAUCAACACCGUCCCAGCUCCUUCUGCUCCAGUGAUAAACCCACAGGCCCCCAACUCAGCCUCAGGUUCCUCAGUCCGAGUGUGCUGGAGCCUGUACUCCGACGACACGGUGGAGAGCUACGGCCUGUCCUACCGGCCGGUGCGGGACAGCUCCCCCGGGAAGGGCCGAGCAGAGUUUACAAUGACCGUCAAAGAAACAUACUGCGCAGUGACAAAUCUUAUGCCAAAUACCCAGUAUGAAUUCUGGGUCACGGCUCAGAACAGGGCUGGCACCAGCCCUGCCAGUGAGCGUGCCGUGUACACGACAGCACCUUCUCCCCCAAUUAUAAAAAGCAAGGAGAUAAGGAGCUGCGAAGAGGCUGCGCUGAUUUGCUGGGCUUCUGGGAACCUGAACCCUGUGGACUCGUACACAGUGGAGCUGACCCAGGCAGAGCCGCCAAGAGCUUCGGGCGUGACGGAGUCUGUUGUGGGCGUCCCGACCUGCGAGGCCCUGGUGCAGCUGCAGCCCCGGCAGAGCUACAGCAUCUGUGUGCGUGCCCUCAACAUGGGGGGCCCCAGCGCAAGGAGCGAGCCCGCUACCGUCUACACCACAGGCAGCCACUUCCCCCUGAACGAGCACACCUGCCAUCCCUGGCUGACCAUCUCCCAAGACGGGUUUACAGUCGUACGAAGCGAAAGGACAACAGGCGAAAGGGAGCCGCUCCCCAGCAACACCCGGUUCACCAGGUGUGUUGCUGUCAUGGGGAACCUAAUCCCAGUCCAAGGGCGCCACUACUGGGAAGUGGAGGUGGACGCGUGUUUGGACUACACGGUGGGGGUGGCCUCUGAAGAUGUCCCUAAACAGGAGGACCUGGGAGCAAACUGCCUGUCCUGGUGCAUGAGGCACACAUUUGCCUCGUCAAGGCACAAGUAUGAAUUCCUGCACAACAAGAUGGCUCCAGAUCUAAGAAUAACUGUUUCCCCAAGGAAGAUCGGCAUUCUAUUAGACUAUGAAAGUUCAAAACUGUCGUUUUUCAAUGUGGACAUUUCUCAGCAUCUAUACACAUUCAGUUGUCAGCUUCACCAAUUUGUGCAUCCCUGCUUUUCUUUGGAAAAGCCUGGGUGCCUAAAGAUACAUAACGGCAUUCCAAUGCCAAAGCACGUCACUUUCUAUUAGACCCUCCUACUCAAGUGGCCAGCU